UCAUUGAUCCACAAUGCAGCACCACAUUCUAACCUCGCCAGUUGAUCUAGAACGAGAGUAUCGGAGCGAACCGUUUCAAGAUGAAGCAAUACUUCUUGAUUUUCAGUGUACUGAUUGCUGUUGGUGUUUUCUACUCCAGUGCAAGUGUUGUUCAAGCCGAAAACUUGUUAAGUGAAGAUGAGGGAGAAUCUUUUGACUCCGCUGAAAUUGAACCCUUGAGAAUGGACUCCUCGCAGCAUCAUUUCCGGCAGAAACGGGCCGUUUGUGAUCUGCUCAGUGCCAUCGGCGUGAAACAUUCUGCCUGUGCUGCUUCCUGUAUCAUUCGAGGUUUCGUGGGUGGAUACUGUACCAACGAAGGUGUUUGUACCUGUCGAAGCACCCCGGAAACGAGGUCUUAAUCUGUUUUUAAUUCAGGAAGAUUUUGGGGAUAAUUUAAAAAAAAUCGAAAAAAGACAAAUCCGAUCACCAGAAACAGAAACAUCACAUUUGUGGGAAACAUUUGACUGACAUUUCAAAAUAAUGUUGAACAAACAAGAAAAUGAAUUGGAAUUCAAGCUUUAGGAGAUAGGUUUAAAUUUUAUGUUUCAUGAAAAAAAUGUAAUACAAGAAUAUAAAAUGAUCAUUAAUUCUGAAAAUUAAAAAACAAUAAAAAAAACUCAAAUCGGAAA